AUGAAUAACAUCCUUUAUAAAGGUCCCUUUAAAGAUCAUAUCCAAAAUUAUAUAGAGCUAAAACAGGCGAUUGGGUACAAAUACGAUACUGAAGCAAACCAUUUAAGGCGCUUCGAUCAAUUCAUAGAAGAGAAAUAUUCACAGAGUUCUAUUCUGACCAAGGAUAUUGUACUUGAUUGGUGCAGUAAAAAAUCUUAUGAAACACAAGCAAAUCAACGCUCCCGUGCAUCUAUCAUACGUCAGUUUGGAAAAUACUUAGAUUCUAUUGAUGCCAAAGCUUAUAUCCUUCCAAAAGGAUAUUAUCCUACAGAACCCCAGUAUAUGCCUUAUAUUUAUACCACUGAUGAAUUGACAAGGUUUUUUGCAGAGACGGAUAAAUGCCAAUAUUGCUACGAAUGUCCAAACCGACAUCAAAUUAUGCCUGUCAUCUUUCGUAUGAUUUAUAUGUGUGGACUGAGAGUAUCAGAAGCACGACUUCUCAAGGUUGCAGAUGUUGAUCUUGAAAGAGGGAUUCUCACUAUCAAUCAUUCCAAGAAAGAUAAUAGCCGCUUGGUUCUUAUGUCAGAUUCUUUGACGCAACGGUGUCGAUUUUAUUCAAAGAGCGUUCAUCCUUAUCCAAGUUCAGAAGAUUACUAUUUCUCUGCUCUUGGAGGGAAACCGAUGACAUUGAUCAAUCUUUAUAGAAACUUCCGCAGAUUUUUAUGGCGAGCAAAGAUCUCACAUAGAGGAAGAGGUAAAGGGCCACUUAUCCAUGACCUUCGUCAUACUUAUGCUGUCCACUGCUUAAAAAAAUGGUCAGAACAAGAAAAAGAUCUCUGUGUAUAUCUCCCUAUCCUUAAAACCUAUAUGGGGCAUGAUUCUUUUAAAGAUACAGUCUAUUAUCUGCGUAUGACUGCAGAUGCGUUUCCAGACAUAACCCUGAAAAUGGAAACCCACUAUCUGGAUCUUAUUCCUUUAUUGGAAGGAGAUUCCAAUGAAACCUACUGA